GUCUAUUUGAUAGCAUUCGAAUAGGCCAAGCUUCGGCGACAGAUUGAGUACUAUGUGUUCCGAUGCAACAGACUCGUCGUGAGAGUCAGGUAAGUAACUCGGUUCGAAUAAUGAAUUCCGAAUAACCGAACACGUGAUUCCGACACUUGAUUGAGAUUCGCGUGACGCGCUCCGGCUUCAGGCCCUGACUUCCCGGUUAGACACUCGUUGCUUUACUACCCCAUGUCAGUCUCAUACCCGCUGCAGACCGCUCGCCCCCCGGUGCACCCUCCCUCAAAAUAUGCCUCACUUAUCCUGCCAAUCUUCCCACCUCCGUCCCGCGCACUUGAUCCUCUUCCUGUCCUAACGGAAGCGCAACGCACUGCUGAAUUCAAAACUGGCUGGAUCCGGACUACUCACUUAGUUCCGUCAGCAUACUUGAGAAGCACUUCACCAGCUCACUCCGGGCCUCCUCCCCCCGCAACAGAGUCAGAUAGCAAAGAAGAAAGGAAAGCUGCGAAUAGUGCCCGGGCUAAGUGGGUCCAAACCGUUGCCGAAAGCCCGAGGGGAAGGCACGAACGCGUUCUUUGGAACGUCGUCAACCGAUAUGCUCGCAAAGAACUUAGCGAGGAGGACCAAGGUAUCACUCUCGUCGUCGGCCAUGCAAACGGAUUCCCGAAGGAGAUCUGGGAACCGGCUCUUCUCGACCUCUUGUCUCUACCGAGUGGACAGAUCAUCAGUGAGAUAUGGGCUUGGGAGGCUGCACACCAUGGAGCAUCCUACCAAUUGAACUUGUCCCGAGGAGUGCCAUGGGCUGCUUGUGAAUGGGCUGACGACACUCGCGACUUCCUCAACUUCUUUUUGCACUUUCUCCCCUCGGAACCAGCGUCCGCUGAACUUCCUGUACACCUUCCGGUGGUCGCACCAACUGAGAGCGCCCUUCGAAAAGUACGCGGAUUUUCCAGCCGAAAGAUAUUUUUGGCCGGGCAUUCUGUGAACGGAUGUUGUUCCGCUUGGGCAGCUAUAAUACAUCCCCGGCUUUUUACUUCGAUCGUGCUAAUCGAUCCAGUGAUUGUAAGGCAACUCGAGCCGGUGGAACUUGCGGAAGCGGAGAAAAAUCCCGAGCCCAGUCUUGCUGAAGGAGCUGUGGCUCGACGAGAUCUCUGGCCGUCCAGGGAUGCCGCGCUUAAAUCAUUCUCUGCCAAUCCUUUCUUCGCUGGAUGGGAUCCACGUGUCCUGUCUGCAUACGUGACUUACGGCCUGGUCGCGACUAAACCUGGCGGGCCAGUCACUCUGGCGAUGCCAGCAUUACAAGAAGCACUCGUGUUUGAGGGUACCCGAACGAGUGCACCUGCGUGGGAUCUGCUCCACACAUUGGAUCCUCGGCUGCCUAUUCGAUUCUUGAUCCCAGGCGAAGAUAAGUCCGGGGGGAUCGGGGGCGAGGCUGCUACAAGAGAGCGUGUGUGGUUGCGCCCAGUCAAUGCAUCGAACAUUCGAAUCAAGACUGCAGGCCAUUUGAUUGUUCAAGAAGCACCCGCCGAUGUCGCCCGUGAACUGAACGCAGUUAUCGCACAGGAAGUAUCGGGGACAAGAGCCAAAUUGUGACCAGUCUAAAACUGUCGUCUGUCACCCAAGUAUUGAGCCCACCAUGGUCACAGAGGAGUUAUGUUCCGUUUACAUACAGGGUACAAGAGGUGUAGAUAUUAGAAGAGUGUAAUUUACACUACAAAGACUUGCCGUCAAACCUCAGUGCCUUGAAUCAACGCUUCGCGGAAUUGAUAAACUUCCUGCACAAGCGAAUUCACCAGUCCGACAAAAUCCGGAACGCCUAAUAGGGGCGCUUGAUUGGGUGGAAUGGAGCGAGCGAUAUCCUCGACCUGGCGGGCACGUUCUACCACAUGACUGUAUUGCUGAGAUAAAGCGUCUACAUGGCAGAGUCAGGUACGUAAGACAACGAGAUCCGGGAGACGCACCAAUGCUCGACGUGCUGAAAGCAUCGAACGACGUGCCGGGGGCGGAUAGCGGGGGCGGAUAGGGAUCCAAGGAGGAGCCGGAAGGCGGAAACUCCGGAGCAGGGUAAGGUCCAUCGACCUUAUCAGCUGCCGCCGCACGGGUGUGCUCCUUUUGCGCAUUCAGCAUCCUUCCGCCUAGAAUUCCGGUCGGUACAACUGCCUCCAGGAAGUUCGGUACGCACGGCGAGUACUGAGUGUAUCCAAGGAGCGAGGGCUGUAUCGGAAAGACGCCUCUGCUUGCUUUAAUUUGCGCAGUUGACCAGGCUUGCGAUCAUUAUAGACAUGUAAGAAGAGAGCGUAUUCGGGGAAGAAGUCGUCCUUAGUGAGAUCAUAGAUGAAUUUGCAUUUGCGAUCGCAUGAAAUUUUCGCGUCUCGACAAGGACGGCAGCUGGGUUGAUCCUCGUCGAUAAUGCAUUGCCGUUCCACCCGGCUGCGCAGACACUUAUCGCAGGCCUGGAGGGGACUUAGCGGGUAUAUGAAGCAUUAUUUAAACGCACCGUCGGGUUGGAGUGGUUCCAGUCGCGGACUUCCUUCGUGCCUGUCCAUCCCGUUUCGACGUUGUGAUACCGCGAGGUUAUCUCGGCGACUCGCUUCCAGAAACGGCUUUUGACCUCAUCACUAGGAGUAACCGCGGGCGAGGACAUUGUCCCAUCGUCUUCGAUUCCCGUCUGGGCGUCACCUCGCGGCCCCCCUCGGGGUGCCAUUUAAUCACGUUUGUGAUCGUGAGUGUACGAGA